CUCACAGCCCCGGACCCGUCUCGCGCUCCCCAUUCAUGCAGUUUGGUUGAGUGUUCAGCUAUGCCCAAAAGAAAGGCUGCAGCUGAAGGUGAGGUGAAGGAGGAGCCAAAGAGACGAUCAGCUAGACUAUCUGCUAAACCUGCUCCACCUAAACCAGAGCCCAAACCCAAAAAGGCACCACCUAAGAAAGAAAAAGGAGGAAAUGAUAAGAAAGAGGACAAAAAGGUAGCAGCAAAAGGGAAGAAGGGAGCCAAAGGAAAAGAUGAAACUAAGCAAGAAGAUGCUAAAGAAGAAAACCACUCUGAGAAUGGAGAUACCAAAACUAAUGAGGCACCAGCUGCUGAAGUAUCUGAUGACAAGGAAGCCAAGUCCGAGUAACAAACUUAGCCCUCUUCAUUUCCAUCAUUUGGUAUCCGUACCUCCAUACUGUAUUGUUAAGAGAGGAAUAUUUUUAUCAACUAUUUUAUAAAUGCAGGUUUUUUUAGCAUGAAUUUAAUUAUGGAACAUCUUCAUCUCGGUUACUUGGGACUUAAACAAACAAAACAAAACAGACAAACAAAAAUCAUUGUUUUUAAAAUUUUGUGAUUGUCAUAGUUUGUAUGGUACCUGGAAAGAAUCAGUGGUGGUAGCUAUUGACUUCUGUCAGUAUAUAAUCCCUUUGUGUGUAAGUCAUACAGACUUCAGAUUUUAAUUUCACCCUUGUUAUGUGUUGUACGGUUUCUUAAUGUGGGGAGGUCUCAAAAAAACAAACCACAAAAUAAUUGCGUCAGACAUUCCGGUGGUUCUGUGGGUUGCUUUUAUAAAGAAGGUGAGAUAUUUUCAUGAAAAAUCCUAAGGAGCUGGAAAUCUUGUUGUAUCCCAAAUGUAGUUUUAUUUUGUCACAUUUUGGAGAAUAAUACUUAAAAAGUGUAAUCAUGUUUUUAAAUGAAAUACAAAAAAAAAAAUUCUUUAAAAAAAAAGAAGAGAAGAGCAGGUUGACUGAAUAUACCCACUGUUAGGAAUUUUGCUGGAUUUAUCUUAAUAAAAAAAGACUCCUCAAAA